AUGGAAAAUGAAAUCGACGAAACCGGAAUCGAAUAUAAAAUUUUUGCCCAGACUUUUUUCUUUUUGAAACUUGCUGGAUUUUGGAAACCUACGACUAUGAAGCAUCGUUGGUUGCGAUCAUGCUACGAUGCAUACACAGUUUUUGCCUUCAUUAGUAUUAAUUUGAUCGCUGGUGGAACAUUUUUAGAGAUUAUAUUAGCGGAAGACGAUAUGUUAUCUCAUUUUUUAGAAAAUUGGUUUAUUACAGCCAUCAUUACGCACACAAGUUACAAUGGUCUAAAUAUUGCGAUAAAAAGAAGACAAAUUGUCAAUGUACUGCAGAAAAAGUUCAUAGCAGAACGCUGGACAAAUUUGCGAGAUGCCGAAGAAAUGAGAAUUAUAGAAUCUUCUAAAGACAUCGAACAAAAAGUAUUGAGAUAUUGGAUGGAUUUAAUAGCAGUGAAUGCUGUAGUGAACCUGCUUAAUCCGAUAAUCACUGAAAAUCCAGAUAAUGAUUUAAUAAUAAAUAGCUGGAUACCUUAUGACAGAAAUGUGCCUUCUUGUUUUUGGAUGUGUUACACGCAACAAGUCAUUAGCUGGACGAUCGCUACUAUUACUAACGUGUCUGCGUGCACUAUUAUUCUUAAUUUCAUCGAAAGAAUUUGCUCUCACAUUCGAAUACUCCAACGCAGACUAACAAUGUUACCUGAGCUAGUACAAACGGGGGUGAUAAAUACUGCCAAAGAUGAGUUGUUCUAUAUAAACGAAUGCAUUCUUGAUCACCAGAACAUCUAUGCUGCUGUAAAGGAUAUAAGCGAAAUAUUUUACGCUAGUAUGGUUAUGCAAUUUAUUUUAAUUUUUUCUAUUCUGUGCACAAACAUAUAUUUUUUAUCGAGUCAACCGCUGUUUUCUAGUGCUUUUAUCGCGGUAGCUCUCAUUUUGUGCUGCAUGAUGUCGCAAUUUUUUCUCUUUUGCUGGUGGGGAUAUAAAUUAACUCAAAUUGGUAAUGAGAUUGGUUAUACAAUUUUUUCAAUGAACUGGUUUGAGCUUCGAAAAGAAACAAGAAAGCGUCUACGCUAUAUUAUGCUGUCUGCAUCAAAAAAUAUUACAUUAUUUGACAAUUUUAUAGUUGAAUUAUCACCCGAAAUGUUUUUAAAGCUAAUGAAAAUUUCAUAUUCAACAUUCAAUUUGUUAAAAACGGGAAGCUAAAUUAUCAUCAGAAAAUGAUCAAAUUAGUGUAGUUUUCAUGCAAAAUCGCUACUUACGUUUCAUCAAUAGAUAAUAUUUUCAAUUAUGAUGCAGUAAUUUUAAUUAUUUUU